CACUCUGCCGCUUUGGGUUUCAUCCCUUUCUCUUUCUCGCUCGCCUUCUCUCUCUCUCUUUUGAUAUUGGGAGAUUCGCUCUGCAAAACCCUAAUUUGAUUCUCUAGGCUGGUUGGAUUGUGUGUUUGCGAUUCAUCUGAAGAAUGGCGGCUUUCGCAAAACCAGAGAACGCACUGAAGCGUGCAGAUGAACUCAUCAACGUUGGGCAGAAACAAGAUGCCCUCCAAGCGCUUCAUGAUCUCAUCACCUCCAAGAGAUACAGAGCAUGGCAGAAGCCACUUGAAAAAAUCAUGUUCAAGUAUCUCGAUCUUUGCGUUGACCUUAGGAGGGGUCGGUUCGCCAAAGAUGGAUUGAUUCAGUACCGUAAUAUCUGUCAGCAAGUGAAUGUUGGUUCCUUGGAAGAAGUAAUCAAGCAUUUCUUACAUCUUGCCACUGAGAAAGCCGAGCAGGCUCGUAGUCAGGCAGAGGCCCUUGAGGAGGCUCUUGAUGUUGAUGACCUUGAAGCAGAUAAGAGGCCUGAAGAUCUGAUGCUUAGUAUUGUCAGUGGAGAGAAGGGAAAAGACAGGUCUGACCGUGAGCUGGUCACUCCAUGGUUUAAGUUUUUGUGGGAAACUUACAGAACAGUUCUCGAGAUUUUGCGAAACAACUCAAAGUUGGAAGGGCUGUAUGCGAUGACUGCACAUAAAGCCUUCCAGUUCUGUAAGCAGUACAAAAGGUCUACUGAGUUUCGGAGGCUCUGUGAAAUGAUCAGAAAUCAUUUAGCCAAUCUUAACAAAUACAGAGAUCAAAGGGACCGGCCCGAUUUAUCAGCCCCUGAGAGCUUGCAACUUUAUCUGGAGACAAGAUUUGAGCAGCUAAAAGUUGCUACUGAGCUUGAACUUUGGCAGGAAGCUUUUCGGUCAGUGGAAGAUAUUUAUGGGUUGAUGUGCAUGGUCAAGAAAACACCCAAGUCAUCUUUGUUGAUGGUUUAUUAUUCCAAACUGACUGAGAUUUUCUGGGUUUCAUCUAGCCAUCUUUACCAUGCUUAUGCAUGGUUCAAGCUAUUUAGUCUUCAGAAAAAUUUCAAUAAGAACUUGAGCCAGAAAGACUUGCAACUAAUAGCAUCAUCUGUUGUCUUGGCGGCAUUGUCUGUUCCACCCUUUGACCGUGCUCAUGGUGCAUCCCAUUUGGAGCUUGAGAAUGAGAAAGAGCGCAAUUUGAGGAUGGCCAAUCUUAUAGGUUUUAGUCUAGAACCUAAAUUUGAGGGCAGAGAUAUGCUUUCCAGGUCGUCACUUCUUUCAGAGCUGGUGUCUAGAGGUGUUUUGAGCUGUGCAACUCAGGAGGUCAAAGAUCUUUUUCAUCUUUUGGAGCAUGAGUUUCACCCACUUGAUCUUUGUUCCAAGAUUCAGCCUUUGUUGGAUAAGAUCUCUAAACUUGGUGGGAAGCUAUCUUCGGCUCCCUCUUUACCUGAAGUAAAGCUCUCUCAGUAUGUUUCUGAUUUGGAGAAACUUGCUACCCUCAGGUUGCUUCAGCAGGUGUCACGGAUUUAUCAGACAAUACGAAUCGAGAGUUUAUCUCAGUCGAUUCCCUUCUUCGACUUCUCAGUUGUUGAGAAGAUUUCAGUUGAUGCUGUGAAAAACAAUUUCAUUGCCAUGAAAGUUGACCACAUGAAGGGUGUUGUCAUUUUUGGAAAUUCGGGUGUUGAGUCUGAUGGUCUGCGGGACCAUCUGGCUAUUCUUGCUGAGUCUUUGAACGAACUAAGAGCUAUGCUAUAUCCUACUCCGAGUAAAACAUCAAAACUAGGUGGCACAUUACCAACUCUAGGAGAGACUGUGGAAAAGGAGCACAAAAGACUGAUUGCACGGAAAAUAAUCAUCGAGAAGAGGAAGGAAGAAGUGGAGCGUCAGCAAUUGGAAAUGGAACGAGAAGAGGAGCAGAAACGGCUCAAGAUUCAGAGGAUAACUGAAGAGGCGGAACAGAAGAGACUUGCUGCCGAGCUUGAGGAAAGGAGGAGACAAAGGAUCCUUCGGGAGAUAGAGGAGAGGGAGCUUGAAGAAGCACAGGCAUUACUGGAGGACACUGAGAAACGCCUGAAGAAGGGCAAAAAGAAGACACUUUUAGAUGGAGAGAAGGUGACAAAACAAAGUGUGAUGGAAAGGGCCUUGAGUGAGCAGUUGAAGGAGAGGCAAGAGAUGGAGAAGAAGCUCCAAAAACUUGCAAAAACUAUGGAUUAUUUGGAACGAGCAAAGCAAGAAGAGGCUGCUCCGUUGAUCGAAGCUGCAUAUCAGCGACGUUUAGUGGAAGAAAGGGAACUUCAUGAACGCGAGCACCAGAGGGAGGUUGAGCUCAGCAGAGCACGGCACGAGAGUGACCUGAAGGAAAAGAACAGAUUGGCCAGAAUGUUGGAUAGUAAGAAUGUGUUCCAGGAGAGAGUGAUUAAGCAUAGACAAGCAGAGUUCGACCAUCUAAGGGCAGAGAAAGAGGAGCGGAUCAGACAAAUAAUACGAGCUAGGAAACAAGAGAGAGAUGUCAAGAGAAAACAGAUAUACUACUUGACGUGCGAAGAAGAAAGAAUAACAAAGCUGCGAGAAGAAGAGGAAAGUCGCCAGCGAGAAGAGGCUGAGAGGAGGAGAAAGGAAGAAGCCGAGCGGAAAGCUAAGCUGGAUGAGAUUGCGGAGAAGCAAAGGCAAAGAGAACGGGAGGCGGAGGAGAAAGAGAGGCUGAGGCGAAAAACCCUGUUGAAACCAACCGAGGCUUCCCCUCCUCACCUCGCCGAACCUGCUUCUGCUGCCACUGCCACGACAGUUGCUGGCAAAUACGUUCCCAGGUUCAGGCGCCAAACCACUGAAGAAGGUGGAAUCUCGGCACCAGCACCUGCAGGUUCGGAAUCUGACCGGUGGGGUGGAAGUAACGCUAACCGACCACCGGCAGGGGAUGACCACUGGGGAAGCCGAGGACCGGCGGGGCAGAGGCCUGACCGGUGGACCAGCAGCCGAGAACGAGCCGGUGAAGGAGACCAGUGGAGUGGUUCCAGGGGGUCUCUCUCAUCGUCGAGCAGGUAUUCACAACGCUAAAUGAGUUUUGGAAGAGUAAUGAGCUUUUGUCCCUGAGGAUGAUUUCAUAACACUAGAUGUUUUUGUCCCGUUUCUAAAUUACACGAGUUAUAUUAGUAACUUUUACAACGUCAGAACCCGCAUGAUGUUUUAAUGGUUAAAAUUUUAUAUGGUGAAUGAUUUUUCUUUUCGUAUA